GCGCGGCGCGGCUGGAGCCGCCGGACAGUCCGGCCGCCGGGAGCGCGCAGGAGCCCGCGGGGAUCCCCGAGAGCGCCGGGACCCCGCGCGGGGGGCUCUGAGCGGCGCGGCCGAGCCGAGCCCCCAGCCUGCCGGCGCCGCUGCCCGCCCGGGCCCCGGGGGCGGCGGCCAAGAUGUCCGUGCCGAAUGUGCUGGCCAAAGCCCUCUAUGACAACGUGGCUGAGUCCCCGGAUGAGCUCUCCUUCCGCAAGGGUGACAUCAUGACAGUGCUGGAGCGGGACACACAGGGCCUGGAUGGCUGGUGGCUCUGCUCACUGCAUGGGCGCCAAGGCAUUGUGCCUGGGAACCGCCUUAAGAUCCUGGUGGGCAUGCAUGACAAGAAGCCAGCAGGACCUGGACCCGGCCCACCCGUCACCUCGGCCCAGCCCCAGCCUGUCCUCCACGCCCCAGGUGCCCAGUACACACCCAUGCUUCCUGCCACAUACCAGCCCCAACCAGAUAGUGUCUACCUGGUACCCACCCCCAGCAAGACUCAGCAAGGCCUCUACCAAGCCCCUGGGCCCAGCUCGCAGUUCCAGUCUCCCCCAGCCAAGCAGACAUCUACAUUCUCGAAGCAGAUGCCCCAUCACCCUUUUCCCAACCCAGCCCCGGACCUUUACCAGGUGCCCCCAGGGCCUGGCAGCCCUGCCCAGGACAUUUACCAGGUGCCGCCUUCUGCUGGAAUAGGGCAUGACAUCUACCAGGUGCCCCCAUCUAUGGAUGCACGCAGUUGGGAGGGGACGAAGCCACCAGCAAAGGUAGUGGUACCCACCCGUGUGGGGCAGGGAUAUGUGUUUGAGGCCUCCCAGCCAGAGCAGGACGAGUACGACAUCCCACGCCACCUGCUAGCCCCGGGGCCACAGGACAUCUACGACGUGCCCCCUGUUCGAGGGCUGCUUCCCAGCCAGUAUGGCCAAGAGGUAUAUGACACGCCCCCCAUGGCCGUCAAGGGUCCUAAUGGCCGGGAUCCAUCACUGGACGUGUAUGACGUGCCCCCCAGUGUGGAGAAAGGCCUGCCGUUGACUAACCACCACGCGGUGUAUGAUGUCCCUCCAUCAGUGAGCAAGGACGUGCCUGAUGGCCCACUGUUGCGUGAAGAGACCUAUGACGUACCCCCUGCCUUUGCCAAGGCCAAGCCCUUUGACCCGACCCGCCACCCGCUGGUCCUUGCUGCACCCCCUCCGGACUCCCUGCCGGCUGAGGAUGUGUAUGACGUGCCUCCCCCUGCUCCUGACCUCUAUGAUGUGCCCCCUGGCUUGCGACGGCCUGGUCCCGGCACCCUCUAUGACGUGCCCCGUGAGCGUCUUCUUCCUCCUGAGGCGGCUGAUGGUGGCGUGGCUGAUGACAAUGUGUAUGCAGUGCCACCGCCAGCAGAACGAGAGGCCCCGACGGAUGCCAAGCGCCUGUCGGCCUCCAGUACAGGGAGCACACGCAGCAGCCAGUCGGCCUCCUCCCUGGAGGCUGCGGUGCCGGGCCGUGAGCCCUUGGAGCUGGAGGUGGCGGUGGAGGCCCUGGCACGGCUGCAGCAGGGCGUGAGUGCCACCGUAGCCCACCUCCUGGACCUGGCAGGCAGCGUCAGCGGGUGCGGGAGCUGGCGUAGCACCUCCGAGCCUCCGGAGCCACUGCUGCAGGACCUGCGGGCUGCUGUAGCUGCUGUCCAGGGGGCUGUCCACGAGCUGCUGGAGUUUGCCCGCAGCGCCAUAGGCAACGCUGCCCACACUUCUGACCGCACGCUGCAUGCGAAGCUUAGCCGGCAACUGCAGAAGAUGGAGGAUGUGUACCAGACACUGGUGGCCCAUGGUCAGGCCCUCGACAGUGGCCGGGGAGCCCCAGGGGCCACUCCCGAAGACCUGGACCGCCUGGUAGCCUGCUCACGGGCUGUGCCUGAGGAUGCCAAGCAGCUGGCCUCCUUCUUGCAUGGCAAUGCCUCGCUGCUCUUCAGACGGACCAAGGCCCCUGGGCCAGGGCCUGAGGGAGGUGGUCCCCUGCACCCCAAUCCCAUUGACAAGGCCAGCAGCAUCCAGUCCCGGCCUCUGCCCUCACCCCCUAAGUUCACCUCCCAGGACUCCCCGGACGGGCAGUAUGAGAACAGUGAGGGGGGCUGGAUGGAGGAUUACGACUAUGUCCACCUGCAGGGGAAGGAAGAGUUUGAGAAGACCCAGAAGGAGCUGCUGGAGAAAGGCAACAUCAUGCGGCAGGGGAAGGGCCAGCUGGAGCUCCAGCAGCUGAAGCAGUUUGAGCGACUGGAGCAGGAAGUGUCACGGCCCAUAGACCAUGACCUGGCCAACUGGACCCCGACCCAGCCCCUGGCCCCAGGGCGGACAGGCAGCCUGGGGCCCUCGGACCGGCAGCUGUUGCUCUUCUACCUGGAGCAGUGCGAGGCGAACCUGACCACCCUGACCAACGCGGUGGAUGCCUUCUUUACCGCCGUGGCCACCAACCAACCCCCCAAGAUUUUCGUGGCACACAGCAAGUUCGUCAUCCUCAGUGCCCACAAGCUGGUGUUCAUUGGGGACACACUGUCACGGCAGGCCAAGGCGGCCGACGUGCGCAGCCAGGUGACCCACUACAGCAACCUGCUGUGUGACCUCCUGCGUGGCAUUGUUGCCACCACCAAGGCCGCUGCCUUGCAGUACCCUUCGCCUGCCGCUGCUCAGGACAUGGUGGACAGGGUCAAGGAGCUAGGGCACAGCACUCAGCAGUUCCGCCGGGUCCUGGGCCAGCUGGCUGCUGCCUGAGGGCAGAUGACCAGAGGGAUGGGGGUCAGGGGAGUAGGGCAGCGAGGGUCCCAGCUGCCCAGGGCACCUGCCCUGAGAGGGUUGCGCAUGGGGACAGGCACCCCAGCUCUGCCUGGGCCUGGUGCCCCAGACUGUGCAGGGAUUUGUACAUAUUUAUGAUGGGGCAGGAUAUGGGACGGUGUCUCCUCCGAGGAGCUCAAGCAGAGCUGGGCCCGCAGGAACCGAGGCUGAGGAGUGGGCUGGUGGUCUUCCCUGAGUACGCUGGGGGCUAGGCCUGGGCACAGAGGCCCCUCGACCCACAUGGCCUCAGAUGACCCCUUGAGCUGAGUCUGGCGCCACAGGAGUGCCAUGUCCCCAGCCCCCUGCAGCGCAAGCGCCACUAUACCAGGAGAAAAACUCUAAAACACUAUUUUUCAUUAUUGAUUUUCCAAUCAUUUGACUAAUAGUCUACAUUUAAAUAAAAAUUUAAAAAUGAAAAGCCUCCGGUGUAAGAGGUGUGAGAGCCAGGAGGGUUCGUGGAUGUGGGCAGGUGUGUCCUUGCUCUGGGAACCACAGGGUAGGAGCAGCAGAUUGAGGGGGUGUGUGGUGAAGCUGUGGGUGGCUUCUCAGGACGCUGAAGAAAGAUUGGGUCCCUUCAGGAGAAAACCAAAGCCCUGAGAAACAGGGCCCGGCCAGGCAUCUUCUGCAAGGUGGGGGCAGGUCUGCCAGUGGCCCCAAGACCUUGGGAGCCAAGGCUGCUGGAGAGAAGUUGAG